UGACAAAUAACGACAACCAAUAUUAUAAGUGAAGCAUUCCAUUUUCCUGUUAUUGUCUUUGGAUUGGAAAAAGAUGGAGGACAACCCUAGUUCAUCAAGAGUUGACAGAAAAACCAUUGAGAAGAUUAGAAGAAUUCAAAUGAAAGAUCUCUGCAACAAGGUCUACUCACUUCUGCCUCAUCAAACUUCAAAGGAAGCUAUUUCAACGCUGGAUAAGGUAGAGGAAGCAACAAAAUACAUAAAGAAAUUACAGAUCAACUUAGAGAAAAUGAAGGAGAAGAAGAAUUUUCUACUAGGAAUUCAAAGGUCAACAAAUGUGGAUAUGGAUAGAAGCAAGAACUUGGGAUUCAAAUCUCCAAAAAUUGAGAUCCAACAAUUUGGUUUAGUCUUAGAGGUUGUUCUAAUAACAUGUUUGGAUUCUCACUUUUUGUUCAAUGAAACUAUUCGUGUUCUUCAAGAAGAAGGAGUUGAUAUUGUUAAUGCUAGUUAUAAAGUCAAUGGAGAUUCUGUUUUCCAUUCAAUACAUUGCCAGGUAGGAGAAUUUGGUAAUGAAGUUGCAAGGUUAUCUGAGAAAUUGAAGAAGUUUAUAUAUUCUUGAUUAUUAGUCUAAUGAGUUUCUGAUUAAUUAUACAAAUUAUUAUUUAUAGGCCAUGAAAAUGUUUGGGUGCUUAUAUUUAUAUAUACUUACCAUUCUACAAAUGUGUGCACGUAAUUUUUUAUUUUUUUAAUAGCUUGCAUGUAAUGUACUAUAUGUAGUAUAUUUUAGAUCAUGCUUUUUCCUGCUUUCAAUUUUAUAUUCAAGAAGUAGC